AAUAGUAUUCCAUUUCUGGGCUGGCUGGCCUGAGCCUGAGCUGAGCCGGAGCCUGACUCUAUCAUGGACGCAAUAGAAAUCCGAUUCGGAUUCUUCAGAACAGAGAGGCUAUGUGACAGUCUCUGAAGUUGCUGAAGCUCUAAAUAGAAACGAUGGUGAUGAUCGGAGAGUUUUUGGUAAAGAUCUCCUGCUCAUUUCGCCAUUUUUAUGGUUAUUUAGCUUGUUAAAUUUAAGUCCAUUUGAAACAGAGAUCGAGAUCCAGAAGCAACAUUUCUUCUUUUCUUUCUCCUCUUAUUCUUUUUGGUUGUUGGGUUUGACUCAUUCUGGGUCGGUUUCAGUUAAAUUGGGGGUUUGAAUUGGCAAUUGUAGUUGAACUGUUUUCUAUUUUCGUGGGUUGGUGAUGGGCAAGUUUUUUUCUAGCGUCUUGAGAUAAUUUUUUAAGUGUCUGAGUUUGGAAUUGAAACCCUAGAAAUGAUGUUCGUCGAUCAGUUUUAUCCUUCUGGAGAGGGGUUUUGUAGUUUUGUUUGAUCAAAUUGAAACUUGAAAGUCAACUUAAAUCUUUACGGAAUUCCCAAAGUCGAAACCCCCUUCCCUUGUUUCGAAUCCCAAGUGGGCCAAGUCCGAUGAAUUAUGGCAACAAGGAUUUGCGGAAUUGUUGUUCUUCCUGAUCUCUCUCUUUAUCCAUAUCGUUGUUCUGACAAGUGGGUGUCCUGGAUUGAGGUCUGAAGUCUAUAUCUUACGUGUAGCGCUUUAUUGGGAAUCGGGUUUGGUGCUUUCUGGUUUUUCGGGAUGGAGUUGGAUAUAGAGGAAGCUGUUAGAGCCAAGGAGAAUGCUGAGAGGAGAUUCGCUGAGAAUGAUUUCGCAGGAGCGAAGAAAUAUGCAAUUAAGGCCCAAAAAUUGCAUCCUGAAUUGGAGGGCAUCUCCCAAAUGCUGGCCACGUUUGAUGUUUAUGUUGCUUCUCAGGUUCAGAUUAAUGGUGAAACUGAUUUUUAUUCGGUUCUUGGAUUGAAUCCAUUAGCGGAUGAUGACACUGUUAAGAAACAGUACAGGAAAUUGGCAGUGAUGCUUCAUCCAGACAAGAACAGAAGUGUUGGAGCUGAAGGAGCAUUCAAGCUUGUGUCAGAUGCGUGGACACUGUUAUCAGACAGUGUUAAAAGGACUUCUUAUGAUCUCAGGAGAAACAGUGAAUCCUCGACUGUGGUCAACCCCACCAACUCUACAGUUCAAAACACCAAGGUUAAGGGUGGUUUGAAGUCCAAGAACUCUCAAAACAGGUCAAAGCUUCGAACUUUCUGGACUGUGUGCACCUCAUGUCGAGUGCAGUAUGAAUAUCUCCGGAAGUAUGUGAACAAGAGACUAUCUUGUAAGAACUGCCGGAGAACCUUCGUGGCAGUAGAAACAGGGAAGCCUCCGGAAAACAGUUCUGUUCCUUUAUGUUCUUGGCCCAUUUUGCCUGAAAAUGUCCAUGGAAGUCAUGGGUUCAGUGGGUUGACAUAUUUUCCGGCCAGCACCAUAGUUUUCACAGGGACUGGGUUCGGGGGAUUCCAUUCUGGUGUGGGCUACGAGUAUCCUAAUAUGGCUUUCCAGUGGAGUCCUUUCCCUGGAGCCCCUGCUGCUGGGUUUGCAGGUGUUCAUGGACCAACAACAACAGCUCCUUCUCUAUCUCCAUCUCCAUCUCCAUCUUCAGCUCCAUCUGCUGGCAGUGUUCAUCAGCCCAGCAGCAACAAUGUCAAAAGACACAGAGAGAAGAUCAAGGCAGCAGCCAGGGACAAGGAUCGUACAGCAAAUGGCAGUGCAAUGGGUGCCAAAGCUUCCAAAAUGUUUUCUGCCUCCAUUGACCCUACAACCUCUGGUAAAAGUGAUAAGCAUGAAAAGAAAAGGAAGAUUGAUGAAGGCACCUCCAUGAACGGGAACCAAGAAGAAAAGAGAACCAGAACUGUGGCUUCAGAAACAAAAACAGCUAAUGGGGUUGGAAACAUCACACAGGAUGCAAAGUCCUCCCGCAGAGUUGAGGCUCCAAAUAAACGUUGCUCGGCUGCACCGGCAUUUGAUGCCCGGCAACUGCUCAUUAACAAGGCCAGGACAGAAAUCCGGAAGAAAUUGGAAGAGAUGAAAAUCGCUGCAGCUGCAGCGGCGGCGGCGGCGGCGGCAGCUGAAAAGCCAAUUGGUGAGAACUCUGAAGCCCAGCUACCAGUGAGGGCCAUUGCUGAUCAGGGUGGUCGCGCUGAUAAAUCACAGACAAACAAACCUGGACCUGGGUCCAUCUCUAUAAGCGUUCCUGACCCCGACUUUCAUGACUUUGACAAGGACAGAUUGGAAGAAUGCUUCAAACCGAAACAGAUAUGGGCCAUGUAUGACGAAGAAGAUGGAAUGCCUCGAUUGUAUUGUCUGGUUCGCCAGGUAAUCUCAGUGAAACCAUUCAAGAUUCGCAUUACUCACUUGAACUCUAAAUCGGACAGUGAAUUUGGCUCUGUGAAUUGGGUGGAUUCUGGGUUUGUCAAAUCCUGUGGACAUUUCAGAACAUCGGGUACUGAGGAUAUUGAGUUGGUGAACAUCUUCUCCCAUGUUCUUCCCCAUGGAGCCAAGGCCGGCAGGGGAGGUUGCGUUCGAAUUUUCCCUAAGAGAGGUGAUAUCUGGGCUGUUUACCGGAAUUGGUCUCCGGAUUGGAACAGCAAAACCACAGACGAAGUGAGGCACCAGUACGAAAUGGUGGAGGUUCUGGAUGACUACAGCGAAGAUCUUGGCAUCUGUGUCACUCCACUCAGCAAAUUGAAUGGUUUCAAGACGGUAUAUCGGAAGAAUAGUGAUCAGAAAGCAGUCCGAUGGAUUCCUCGCAGAGAGAUGUUGCGAUUUUCACAUCAGGUACCAUCGUGGUCGCUCCAAGGAGAAGUCAGUGCUAACAUGCCUGAUGGAUGCUGGGAUCUGGACCCAGCAGCGACCCCGGAAGAGCUGCUUCAAUGUGCAGGUCUAAUGGAAACAAGGACUAUUGAUGAUAAACAACCUGAAUAACCGUUUGGAUGGAUUAGAUUUGGGAAAUGUAGAAGAGGUUUGUAUACACUUUUUGGUUGGCUGAUGUUCAAAAAAAAUUGACAGCCAAAAGACACUGAGGAAUUGAUCAUUCAUGUAACGCGAAACUCAGGGAUGAUUUACUUACUAAUGGAUUGGGUUCAUUCUGAAUUA